AUGGUUUGCGUGGGAGAAAUCGAUCCUCUUGUCCGAAAAAUCUGCAAAUUACACGACAAAAUCUCAAAGCUCGAUAACCUCAGCCCUUCGAAAGAAGUCGACUCUCUCUUCACGCAGCUCGUGACCACAUGCAUCCCACCGCACCCCAUCGACGUCACCAAACUCUGCACCAAAAUCCAACGCAUUAGAAACAACCUCAUUCGACUCUGCGGCAAAGCGGAAUCUCUCCUCGAGAAACACUACUCAACUAUCCUAAUAUCCCUUGAAAACCCGAUAACCAACCACCUCCACUUAUUCCCUUACUACUCCAACUACCUCAAACUCUCCCAACUCGAAUACCACCUCCUCACCCGCCACUUCAACCCUAAUUCGAACCCGACCCAUUUAGCUUUCGUGGGCUCCGGCCCACUCCCUCUCACCUCCAUCAUCUUAGCCACGCAUCACCUCAAAUCCGCUAUUUUCCACAACUACGACAUCGACCAUUCCGCAAACUCCGUGGCCGAGAAGCUUGUCGUUUCGAAUCUCGACUUGUCAGAAAGGAUGGUGUUCCACACGAAAGAUAUCAUGGGAACUAGUUCCGAUGAGUUGAGGCAGUACGAGGUUGUCUUUCUGGCGGCACUUGUGGGUAUGGAGAGCGAUGAGAAGGUGCGCGUGAUCGAGCACUUGGCGGUGAAUAUGGUGGAUGGAGCAUUUCUAGUGGUGAGGAGCGCAAAGGGUGCCCGUGCUUUUCUUUAUCCUGUCGUGGGGCCCGCUUGUCUACGUGGGUUUGAGGUUCUCUCGGUUUAUCAUCCGACCGAUGAUGUCAUCAAUUCGGUUGUCAUUGCAAGAAAGUGUCGGGAAAUUAGCGGCGAGAAUAUUAAUCAAGGGUUAGAUAUUGAUGAUACUCUGAGCAAGAUGAAUAUGAUUGAAGAGUUGGCUUGUGACCAUUAUCUUUGCUAAAAGUACGAAUAAAAACCGGAGAUUCUCAUGAUCAUAUAUAAUUGUAAGCUCUAAAUUAAAAAAAAAAAAAUUAAAAAAAUUGGGCAAUUCAUUGCCAGAAGCUUGUUAGAAUUAGUAGGUAUCUAAAUGGUGUUGUAAUUUUUCUUUUAAUUUUUAUUGUUUUGCUUUACUUUCUCAAUCAUGUUGUGGUUCGGCAUGCAUUUGGUUUAUGCGUGUCUUAUUACUUAUAUUACAUGAAUUUGUCUGUGACUUAUGCUUCGAGAAAUUUGUAUGGCUUUGUUCACUCAGUACUUAUCCUUCUCCGUGGGCAAAUAUAGAGUUUUCAUUACUCAAGUUUGCACCGAUUU